GGGAUAUCAAGCGCCGGCGCACGGAAAAAAGUAAAAACAUUGUACCAAUCGCUACUCAAUAAUAUCAGCGCGAGCGCAACAACAGCUUUUUUCCGGACAUUUCUAAUUUGGACAUCGCCCAUAACGGACGUGUUCCAAGCUCGCGUGACAAAUAAAAACGUAACAAUUGAUGACCCCCGAAGAACACUUUUACUGCGAAGAGCUUUUUGAGUUGUGAAUUCUAUUGGUGGUUUGUUGUUGAGUUAUGUGUCGUGGUGGUUGAUGAUUCAUUGAAGCGAUGAUGAAGAACCGCGGGCGCUGUGUUCUAGCGCUUUUUAUGCUUGCCGCGCUUUUGGAAAUUGAAGCUUACAGCCCUAGAGAGUGCGGUGUUCCCCUGAGGAGGCACACCAGACAGCCAAGGGAGCGUUCCGCGGGCCAGCUGCGCAUCAUCAGGGGGAGGGAGUCCAAGAGAGGAGCGUGGCCUUGGCAGGUAUCCUUACAACUCCUGCACCCCAACUACGGGCUGAUCGGCCACUGGUGCGGAGGGGUGCUGGUCCACCCCCUGUGGCUGCUCACCACUGCGCACUGCAUCCAUAAUGAGCUGUUCAACUUGCCAGUCCCAGCGCUGUGGACAGCGGUGCUGGGAGAAUGGGAUCGGGCGGAGCAGCGAGGCGCUUACGUCCCCAUAGAGAGGAUAGUGCUGCACCACCGGUUCCAUAACUACCAGCAUGAUAUAGCCCUCAUGAAGAUGACUAAACCAGCAGACGUCAGUGCAGGGAGCAAAAUUCGGACCAUUUGCCUACCUCCAUUUGUGUCUGCUGCGAAUUUAGACGAACAAAAAAUCUCCGGAUUUUAUUCCCGACCAGCGCCUAGUGAACCGCCAAAAAGGAAAACGACGAAGCCUUCCAAACCUAAACCUGAUACAGCCGUUAAAUAUCUGGAGAAGCUCAAUAAUUUAACUAAGUCUGUUUUCUCUGGAUUAACAAGCAAGAAGCACAAAAACUUAAGGUACAAUGUGAGAGUAGCCAACGAUUCCAAUAAACAAACGAACAAGGACACUAAGGACGAAGAAUUAUACAAAAGUGAUGAUGACAACACAAAAAGUGAUUUAGUGUAUGAUAGUGCAACUUUAGAUAGCGUUGUGAGAUUAAUACGGAAUCAAUUAUCUAGAGCGAUGCGUGUAAAUCUAAAUGAGAGAAGUGAUAAAAAGUUGAUGUUCGGUGAAGAAAUAGACCCGUUUAUUGAUAACAAUAAUGCGAUAGACUUCAAAGACGAGUGUUAUGCGACGGGUUGGGGUAGGGAACAGACAAAUGGGACUUUGACAGACGUUUUGUUAGAAGCCGAAGUGCCAAUACUACCGCUGAGGAUUUGUAGAGAUAAGUAUUCCCUCACUUUGCCGUUGAAUGAGGGGCACCUGUGCGCUGGUAGCACAGAUGGCAGUACGGGAGCAUGUGUGGGAGACAGCGGAGGUCCUCUCCAGUGCAGAUCUGGCGGUCGCUGGGAACUCCGAGGUCUGACCUCAUUUGGGUCCGGCUGCGCUAGGAGAGGCGUCCCCGAUGUCUACACCAACGUAGCUCACUACGUGUCUUGGAUAUACGCUCACGUUUAUGCCACGUAGAUUUCUGAUGUACAAGUGUUAUUUUGGGCAUUCCAGCUUUGUAUGAAUAAGCUCGUAUUCUGAUAUCAAUAGGGGACAAAUGUUUAGUCUUGUAUUGACAGAUCUCCCUGUUACACCGUUAUACGGUGUGGUACAUCGUUAUACGGUUAGUAAUUACAUAGUUUUUAACCGUAACCUGCGAUGAACUCUUAAAUGUACAUAAAAAUAUUUGUUUUCGAAAAUACGAGUACCUAUAAUAUGUAUUAAUGCAUUUCAAAUUGCAAUUGUAUAUGAUAGUCUAAAUAAUACAAGUCAGCCAAAAAACUUAUCUUCUGUACCCCUAGCAUGAACCAAUAUCGAAUUCGAAUAGUUUGCGAGUUCAAAAUGUGAUUGUCGAAUGUGCGGGCGCUGCUGUUCAAAUUUCCAUACAAAAUUGCUGCUAGAGGUACUGAUUUUCAAUCAUAACAAACAUAAAGGUGUUAUUACAAUUGAAAAUUCGUGAAUAACAUGUUAAGACAAAAGGUGACAAAAUAACUUAUCGUACUGAAGUUAUAUUUAAAAGACCUAUAAAAAACAAAAGGCUUUUAAUAUAAUUGUUACUUAAUAUUAUAAGAAACAAUUAAAAGUUCAUUGUUAACUGUAACGCCGUAAAAGUUGCGCUAUUUAAGUUGUUCAAUCAGUGUAAAUUCGUAUCCACGUAGUCACUACGACUUUCGCUAGAUGGCGCAUAUUUUUAUUACAUAAUUAUUAUGGCGCAAUUACAUUUGGUCGUUUGGCCUUCAUUUGGCUUUAAUUUUAUCUGUUACUAAAUAUUAUAAGAAACAAUUAAAAGUUCUUUGAUAUCUGUAAGGCCGUAAAAGUAGCGCUAUUUAAGUUGUUCAAUCAGUGUAAAUUCGUGUCCACGUAGUCACUACGACUUUCGCUAGAUGGCGCAUAUUUUUAUUACAUAAUUAUUAUGGCGCAAUUACAUUUGGUCGUUUGGCCUUCAUUUGGCUUUAAUUUUAUCUGUUACUAAAUAUUAUAAGAAACAAUUAAAAGUUCUUUGAUAUCUGUAAGGCCGUAAAAGUAGCGCUAUUCAAGUUGUUCAAUCAGUGUAAAUUCGUGUCCACGUAGUCACUACGACUUUCGCUAGAUGGCGCAUAUUUUUAUUACAUAUUAUGGCGCAAUUACAUUUGGUCAUAAGCCUUAUUCGGGUGCACGAAAGACAUUACUCGAAUUCGGUCAUCCGAAGCAAUAUUUACACUGGAAUACCGGCUGGAAGACGUUGUCGGGUAAAGAAAAGGAUAUCUACCCGAAUAUGGGCGCACUCGAGUCCGUUCAUUUACACUCAGUUAUUUACCCGAAUUCCAUUGGCACUCGUAUUCGGGCUAAUGUUCAAGUGUAAUCGCGCCAUUAUUAAAUGGAAAUUUCUUGCCAUUACCCGUAUUACCGUAGAAGUGGUUUAUUUUAAGCCUGCAAGGUCAUUUAGUACCCCUAGCACGAUCCAAUAUCAAAUUCGUAUCGUUUGCGAGUCCAAAAUGUCAUUGUCAAAUGUGUACCUACUGAUUUUUAGUUCUCGUUACGUACUUUGUGCCGCUGCUGUUCAAGUUAUUUGAAUUCGAUAAUGGUUCGUGCUAGGGGUACAGGACGAAGAUUGAAUAUCUCGCCCUAUGUUACAUACAUAGAUAACAUAUGUUGUGUCAGGGCGAGAAACUGGCCAGCGUUGUAAAAGAUCAUCAUCAGCAACCUAUUAAUGUCCCCACUGCUGUAGCAAAGUCCUUCCCUAUGGAUGGAAUAGGGAGAUUGGGCCAUGACCCACCACGUGGGCCCAGUGCAGAUUGGCGGGUGCUAACGACUGCAUAUGCAGCCGGGACCAACAGCUUGACGUGCCGUCCGAAGCACGGAGGAACUCGAGAUAGAAAAUUUUUGAUCACCCAUCCAAUAUCAGACCACUGCGAAAGUUGCUUAACUUCAACGAUCGCAGCCGAACGCGCUAACCACCCGCGCCAUCGAGCUCCUCCUCGUUGUAAAAGAUACUUUAGUUUUUAUAAUGGCAGUGCAAGGCAGCCUCUGUAGUGCUGUCAAAUUUUUGUCAAUUGGCCCGUGAUUACAUCCUAAAGUAAUAAUAACCCGGUCUCUAUUCUCUAUUUAAGUAUUGUUUAUGUACCUCUGUUAAUAAUGUUUACCAGUUACCAUUUCCUUUAAUAGAUUUUAAUGAAUAUUUUAUAUUUAAUAAUCUGACACAGUGAGUAUCUACAAUUGGAAUUUUAAUGGGACCAAUGAAUAUUAUACAACAAUCGAUUACCAAUAUUUUGUAAAUAUGACAUCUAGUCUUUUUUACUAUAAGGAACAUGUAGUAUAAAAAAUUGUAAAUAAAUAAAUAAAUAUUUUGUCUAAAAGAGGGAAACUAAAGUAUUUUAUUAUACUGCUCAUUUGCAGCUGUAAGUUUUAAUCCAUGACCACUCAAAGACCUGUGAUUAAAUUAGUUUAGUUGUAUAUUAUAUAUAUUUCAGAAUUAUGUACAUGUUCAUAUUCCGUUGCACCGAAUGCACCAUUCGUUUGCACCAUUCACAGUGCAGAUGAAACUGAUUGGAUACCUUUGCACCAUAAAUAUGGAAAUUCCUAUUUCCCCUUUCUUUUUUCGUUAUCAAAAAUAAUGUUAGUAAAACAAAGGAAUAUCGAAUUAACAAAAAAAAAACAAAUUCUCGUAUAAGUGCAUUAAAAGUAUCACCCAUUGUUAUUACGAAAAUAAACUCCAGUACUAAGGGUUAGUACGAGUUUGAGCUCACGAAAACUAUCAUAGUUUUCUUAAUUGUAAAUUAUGUUUCUAUGUCAAUUUUGGUGAAAAGUAACCAAAUAAAUUUAAAUUUUAAGAAGACACAAAUGAUUUAAUGUUAGAAUUUAAACACUGUUUAUUUCUAUUGAACCGAAAACAAUAAAAUCAGUACCCUUAAUACGAGUGCGAGCUCACGAAAACUAUCAUUGUUUUCGUAAUCGUAAAACUCGUACUAAGGGUAAACUCGUACUUUAAAGAUAAAUGUAAUUUUCUUUAUUACAUUUAUCUUUAAAGGUAAAUUUCUAAAUAGAUAACCGCAUUUAUAGUUACUCAUCAUCACAAUGGUGAUGGCAGAUGUCACUGUCUAUGGGUAGGCACUGAGGUUCCUUUACCCCAUGGUGCAAACGAAACUUAUCAGUUUCAUCUGCACCAUUGAUGGUGCAAGUGAAUGAUGCAUUCGGUGCAAACGAGAUUUUAUAGUAAUGCGAUAAAUUGUUAGUUUUAAAUUUAUUACAAGUAAGAAACAUUAUUUCUCUAUUUUGUUAUUAUUUAUGUUUUAAACUAUUUAAAUAAAAUAAUUUAACAGAAGAGGUAUUUAAUAAUUUUUAAAACUUGUAUUUUUUUCUAUUCUUUUGUUUGCCUAACGGUAAAUAUUAAGGUGCGGAGAUAAUGGUGAAGUUACUUUAUAACGUUUCCGAAAAUCAGUUCGAUACGCUUCUACUCUGCGCUAUUUAGUAUGAAUUGACCCUUACAAAUUGACUGCAGCUCUAAAAGCGCCUACUGACAUGCCUGCCGCAGGGACAAUCUAGGGUCCACGGCGGUCGGGCCAAUAUCGGCUUGUCACUACACACAUGCCUACUAUUCAAUGUUCGGGCGUAUGUUGAGCUAACCACACGCGUUGAUGAUGGUCCCAGUGUUAUCAAAAAUAUGUUACCGUAAAAGAGGAAAUACUGGGUGAAGAAUUGGCAACAGAAAGAAAUCUAUUGUAAAUAAGUAAUGUUUAUGUUAUUAGAAAAAAAUCCACGCGGACCUGGCAGUAGCCGGAGCUUGAACCCUUCGCUAUCCGGGCGAAUGCACUGAUCAAUUAUGCUACCGCGGCCCCGACGGCCGUAUCGAAUUCUUUCUAGCCUUUCUAGAAAAUUGCCCCAACUUGCCAACACACAUCAAAAUUCAGGAGGCAAUUAAGGGUCAUCCCCACUCUUACACCCUAGAUUGUCCCUGCGGCAGGCAUUUCAGUAGGCGCUUUAAAGAUACUCUAAGACCUCCGCGACCACGGGUAACUGGAGCCGGGGUCCAAGUCUUAGUUAGAGACGCCUUCUAGUAGAGGCCUCCCCUUCAGGUAUGAGUAGUCUAGAGGCUCUAGAUGGAGAGGAGACUUCCCUAGACUCGGGUGACUGGAACACCUCUAGAGGCGCUUGGCAAUACACUGAGGUCCCUUGACGAUCUCGUCGCCAAAACCCCCAACUCGGUAACGCUG